AAUACACACAAAAUCUAUACAUACAAUCAGCACUAAUCAAAUCAAUCUCGAACGACGGCUCACGCCAUUUUCUCCGGCGAACAUUGACCUUUCUAUUCUCACCACCAUGACUUUUGCAUCUCAUCUCUUCCGUCACUCUAAACAGUUGAGAAAUGCUCCCCGGCAGGAUCAUGUCGUUUUGGUUCGGUGGUUUUCGCAUAGUGCUCGUUCUGUUACAAGCAAAGGGGAUGAUAUAUCGAAGCUUAGACCAAUUAACAAUGUUCAAGGGGUGAAUAUCUGUGGAUGUAAGUCUUGCAAUGGAUCCAUGUCAAGUGCACCCAUGUUCAGUCGAAGUUAUAGGGCGGUGAAUUCUAAAAGAGUGCAUAAUGGAUAUGCUGCUAGAGCAGAAGGAAGAUCAAGUAGUGGAAUGGUGUUCAGUAGAGGAAUUUCAUGUUCUGAUGUACAGCUUAGGAGAAGAUUUUCAUCAAAUUCAGCCCUUCCUCCACACCAAGAGCUUGGAAUGCCUUCUCUUUCACCUACAAUGACAGAGGGAAACAUAGCACGCUGGUUAAAGAAAGAAGGAGAUCAAGUUACACCUGGGGAAGUACUUUGCGAAGUUGAAACAGAUAAAGCCACUGUCGAAAUGGAAUGUAUGGAGGAAGGAUAUCUAGCUAAGAUUAUACAUGGGGAUGGAGCAAAAGAAAUCAAAGUUGGCGAGGCGAUUGCAAUAACUGUUGAAGAUAAAGAUGACAUUGAAAAAUUUAAAGAUUACAAACCUCAAUCAUCAGAUGCUACGGCUCCACCAGCUCCCCCGCCGUCAACUCCUGCCAAAGAAGAUGUAGUUGAAAAGCCAGUCAGCUCACCGGAACCAAAAACUGCUAAGCCCAGUGCAGCUCCUGAAACAGACCGCGUUUUCGCUAGUCCUCUUGCAAGAAAGUUGGCUGAAGAUAACAAUGUAUCUCUUUCAAGUAUUAAAGGUACAGGUCCUGAUGGAAGCAUUGUGAAGGCUGAUAUUGAAGAGUACUUAGCUUCUGGUAAGAAAGAUCUUCUGGCUGCACCAUUGAAGGCUGAUCAAGCAACAGUUGGUGCUAUAAAUUACACAGAUAUUCCAAAUUCCCAGAUAAGAAAGGUCACUGCAUCACGCUUGUUGCUGUCAAAGCAAACCAUUCCUCAUUAUUAUCUCACGGUAGAUACUUGUGUCGACAAACUUACAAAAUUGCGUGGAGAACUCAAUUCACUACAAGAAGCUUCAGGAGGAAAGAAGAUAUCCAUCAAUGAUCUUGUGAUCAAGGCUGCGGCGUUGGCUCUUCGUAAAGUUCCUCAAUGUAACAGCUCAUGGACUAACGAUUAUAUCCGUCAGUUUCAUGAUGUGCACAUCAAUGUGGCUGUUCAGACAGAUAAUGGACUCUUUGUUCCUGUUAUAAGGGAUGCUGAUAAGAAAGGCUUGUCAUCAAUAUCAGAGGAUGUAAAGAAUUUAGCCAAGAAAGCUAGAGAGAACAGCUUAAAACCGGCUGAUUAUGAGGGAGGUACAUUCACUGUUUCAAACCUAGGGGGACCUUUUGGGAUCAAGCAGUUCUGUGCCAUCAUAAAUCCACCCCAGGCUGGUAUUCUAGCAGUUGGAUCUGCUGAGAGGAGAGUUAUUCCGGGUUCGGGCGUUGGAGAAUUCAAGUUUGCUUCAUACAUGUCGGUCACGUUGAGUUGUGAUCAUCGUGUGAUAGAUGGUGCUAUUGGCGCAGAAUGGCUGAAGGCAUUCAAAGGCUACAUCGAGAAUCCAGAGACGAUGCUGCUUUAGAGCUCUUUUUCUUAUUUUUUUCAUUGGUCAAUUUCUUUCUGGGGAUUCAAGUUUUGUCUCCUGGAGUUACACUGACUUUUGCUUGAUCACAUCGUGAAAUAUUGUUUCAGAAUAAGAAAACAGGAGGCCGUCAAGCUUUGAGGCAUGAAAACAUGAACUCAGUUUUGGUUAUGUAUAGAGUUGAUUAACAUUUAUCUCUAAUUAGGGGAGAGAAUUCAAGACGGCCUUCGCACUCGCAUGUAACCCAAAUAAACCAAUGUCUUGAUAUAGUUUGUAAUUAAUUGCUUGGUGUUGCGUCA